AUGAAUAUAAAAUCAGGCACGACGAAGAUUUCGACGACAAUGUUUGUACCCCAUGAUCUCAUCACCGAGAUCAUUUCGUUACUUCCUGUUAAACCUCUUGUUCGAUUCAAGUGUGUAAGUAAUUCUUGGAACACGCUCAUUUCCGAUCCUACUUUUGUGAAAUUUCACCUCAAGAAAUCAAAAUCUUCACCAAAUCCGCAAUUCACACUAAUCACUAAGCACUACAAACUUAUAGCUUUCAGGUCAGCUUAUGAUUUUGAUUAUGAUUGUGAUUGGAGUAUAAUCACAUACCCUAUAAGUCGUUUAAUCGAUAACCCGUCCGCAACCUUUGUCGCUGAUUCUUACCAUCUUUUAAACAAUAAAUAUUUUUCUAUGGUUGGUUCCUGCAAUGGAUUGAUCUGUUUGGUUCAUAAUCGUAUAACUUUUGACUAUCUCAAAAUAUCUCAAGAGUUCUCGUUCCGAUUAUGGAACCCAGCCACUAGAAAAAUAUCUCAAGAAAUUGGGUAUUUUCGUGAAUCAACUCAUGGAUUUGUCUUCACUUUUGGCUGCGAUGAAUCCACCGACACUUUUAAAGUGGUUGCAUACCGCUUUAUUGGUGACGGAUUUACUAGUGAUGUUAGAGUUUUCACUAUUGGUGAAAAUGUUUGGAGAAAGAUUGAAAGUUUCCCUGCUGUUCCUUUUGGUUUGGAUGAGCGUGGACAAUGUAUAGCUGAAGAACCUCAAUAUGGCUGUGUGUUUUUAAAUAGCACUCUUAACUGGUUGGCUAGUCUCAAGUACAUCGAUUGGGAAGUUUCAGUUUUUGAUUGGGACUUUACUGUUGAGGACCUUGUUAUUGUUUCGCUCGAUCUAGGGACGGAGACAUACAGUCAGUAUCGGCUGCCUCAUGGUUUUGAUGAGAUCCCACCUACAAAGCCAACUAUUGGCGUGUUGGAGGAAUGCCUUUGUUUGUGUUAUUCUUAUAAGGGAACUGAUAUUGUUAUAUGGCAGAUGAAGAAAUUUGGGGUUGAAGAGUCUUGGGUUCAAUUUCUUAAAAUUAGUUAUCACGUUCUUCAAUUAAAUUAUGAUAUUUCGUUCUUGCCGUUGUUUCUUUCUCAGGAUGGUGAUACAUUGGUAUUGUGUAGUUCUAAAAAUGAGGUAGCAAUUUUGUAUAAUUUGAGAGAUAAUAGUAUGCAGCGAAUAGAAAUUAAAGUGCACAAACCUAUUGUUGAUGAUGGAACUUACAAUACGUUAUACUUGAGUCUGGCCCAGGGUUAUGUUGAAAGCUUAAUUUCAAUUUGUUAA